AUGGUGAGACCAAGAAGGCAAGCUGAUGUGCCCGAGGAUGAGCUACCCAGGGGUGAUGGAAAUUAUGACAUUGCGAGGGCGUUGAAUAGGAUAUCAGACUUGUUCCAGCAGAAUUUCCGACCGCCGCAAGGAGAUCCAAAUAGAGCGGUCCAAGUGGGGUGCACCUAUGAGCACUUCUUGGCUCAUAGGACUCCUAUCUUUUCUGGGGAGGAGGAUCCAAUGCGAGCUAGGAGGUGGAUUUUAGAUCUGGAAAGAACCUUUGAAGUCUGUGGGUGCACUGAGGCCCAGAUGGUUUUAUAUGCAAGCUAUAUGCUGCAAGGUGAAGCGGCAAACUGGUGGGAGACCAAGCGGCCACUCCUAGAAAUGGAGUUGGGAUCCUUGGCUGCUGUGUCUUGGCAGCGGUUUAAGAAAGAAUUUGAUGAUCGAUACUUCCCUAUUUCAGUGAGACGGCAAAAGGCUCGGGAGUUCAAUAAUUUGGUUCAAGGAGGCAUGAUGGUCGAGCAAUAUGCAAGGAAAUUUAUGGAGCUUGGACGGUUCGCUCCUCACCUUAUUGCCACCGAAGAGCUGCAGGUUGAGCGUUUCAUGGAGGGUCUGCGCCCCGAAGUUCGCAGACAAGUGGCUUGUCUUCAGAUUGUGGAAUUUCAGAAGUUGGUGGACUUGGCCAGUAUCGUAGAGCGAGAGAAUAGCUUUGUAGUGGGCUCCCCUCCAGGUCAGAAAAGGCGGAGUUAUGUUGGUAAAGGAAGCAGUUCUGGAUCGCCGCAGAAGUUUGUUCAGAGGACCGGGGCUCGACCUCCGGUGUUCGUGCAGGAGGCCAGACUCCAGUGUGCCCUAGAUGUAGUAGAGCCCAUGAGGGCGAUUGUGGUCAAAGGGGAAUUCAGUGUUAUAGAUGUGGCCAGCCGGGUCACUUUGCUCAGGAUGACUCCUGGCGAUGUGGAUUAUGAGGCUCCAGAGACCCACGACGCUGGGGUGAUUACUGGAAGAGUUCGUUUAUAUGAUUUUUAUGCUUGUAUUUUGUUUGAUUCUGGGGCGUCCCAAUCUUUUGUGUCUGCCACAUUUGUACGGAUGUGCAAUUUGGUUACAGAACCUCUACCACAAUCCUUAGUUGUGGCUCUUCCCAAUGGCGAGAUCGUGUGUUGCUCCAAGGUUGCUUUGGGUUGUCCUUUGGAUCUUGGUGGAAGGACACUGGAUGCAGAUUUGAUUGUAUUCAAGUUGCUUGGUUUUGAUAUAAUUUUGGGUAUGGAUUGGCUGUAUCGUUACUCUGCGAAUAUUGAUUGUAGAAGACGAGUAAUUGGUUUUCAACUCUCGGAUGAGGAUUAUUUAGAAUUCGUGGGAAGCAAGUUAAGGGCAAGACCAUCAAUUAUAUCAGCAGUUCAAGCUAAGAGAGAUAUAGCUUGUGGGGCAGAUGCUUUUUUGGUCCAAGUCGUAUCUACACCAUCUGAGAAGAAAUCUUUAGCGAAUAUUCCAGUGGUGGAAGAAUUUCCCGAUGUGUUCGUGGACGAGUUACCUGGAUUGCCUCCCGUUCGCGAUAUGGAAUUUGUUAUUGAUCUGGAACCAGGGGCGGCUCCUGUGCAUAAGGCUCCUUACCGCAUGGCACCGGCCGAGUUAAAAGAGUUGAAGACUCAAUUGCAGGAAUUGGUUGACAAAGGAUUUAUUCAGCCUAGUACUUCGCCAUAG